GGUGGGGUCUGAGGAAAGGAAAGGGGCAGUCCCCUGAGGAACUGGGCUUGUUGAAAGGCUAGGAGCGGGGUCUGAGGGAGUGGAAGGUACCGGUCCGGCCCGAUAAGGGGUGGAGUUGAGUGAAUCGUUAAGGGUGGAGUCGAGGCCGGCGCUGGGUCUGAUUGAGUGAAAGGGUGGGUGAUUAUCCUGGGAGAUAGGCCCGAAAGGGCAGGUUUGUGAAAGGAUGCGGUCUGGGCGAGGUUUAGAGAAAUUAAAGGGUGUGGGAAUGAAGCUUAGUAGAGAGAAAGGGGCGGUGAUUGGCUGGAAAGGACAGUCCCUAGACGAUCUGGAUUGAGCCUGGGGUUAAUUGCUUACUGAAAGGGCAAGACCGCGGGGAAAAGAAUCCUGUAAAAGAGGCGGAACCGGCGGGACCAGAGCCGCGGCAGAGCUGCAGCCUCCCCAGCCAUGACCUCCACCGGCCAGGAUUCCACCACUACCAGACAUCGUAAGAGUAGACACAACCCCCAGUCGCCCUCUCACGACUUGAGCAUUACCUCGAAACGAAGUGUUAAGAAGGGUGCUGCACCCCGCUCCACUCCCAAUCUAGCAGAAAUAAAGAAGAAAGGCAAGAUGAAGAAGCUGAGCCAAAAAGUCGAAGAAGACCUAAUCGUGGGGCUGCAAGGGCUGGAUCUGAACCCUGAGGUCAAGAUAGUGACGGGCACUGGCCUUGUGUUUGAUGAGCAGCUAAAUGAAUUCUACUGUCUCUGGGAUGACAGCUUCCCUGAAAGCCCUGAGCGACUCCAUGCCAUCAAGGAGCAGCUGAUCCAGGAGAGUCUUCUCGAUCGCUGUGUGUGCUUUCAGGCCCGGUUCGCAGAAAAGGAGGAGCUGAUGUUGGUUCACAGCCUAGAGUACAUUGAUCUGAUGGAGAUGACCCAGUACAUGAAUGAGGGAGAACUCCGCGUACUGGCAAGCACCUAUGAUUCAGUUUAUCUGCAUCCGAACUCAUACUCCUGUGCCUGCCUGGCCUCAGGCUCUGUUCUCAGGCUGGUAGAUGCCGUCCUGGGAGCUGAGAUUCGAAAUGGCAUGGCUAUCAUCAGGCCUCCUGGACACCAUGCCCAGCACAGUCUUAUGGAUGGGUAUUGCAUGUUCAACCAUGUGGCUGUGGCUGCCCGCUAUGCUCAAAAGAAACACCGCAUUCAGAGAGUCCUUAUUGUGGAUUGGGAUGUACACCACGGUCAAGGAACACAGUUCACCUUCGACCAGGACCCCAGUGUCCUCUAUUUCUCUAUCCACCGCUAUGAGCAGGGUCGAUUCUGGCCCCACCUUAAGGCCUCUAACUGGUCUGCCACAGGUUUUGGUCAAGGCCAAGGAUACACCAUCAAUGUGCCUUGGAACCAGGUGGGGAUGCGGGAUGCCGACUACAUUGCUGCUUUCCUGCAUAUCUUGCUGCCAGUUGCCUUUGAGUUCCAGCCUCAGCUGGUCCUAGUAGCUGCUGGAUUUGAUGCCCUCCAAGGGGACCCCAAGGGUGAGAUGGCUGCCACUCCAGCAGGGUUUGCCCAGCUAACCCACCUACUCAUGGGUUUGGCAGGAGGCAAGCUGAUUCUGUCUCUAGAGGGUGGCUACAACCUUCACUCCCUUGCUAAAGGUGUCAGUGCAUCACUCCACACCCUUUUGGGAGACCCUUGCCCCAUGCUGGAGUCCCCUGGUGUGCCCUGUCGAAGUGCCCAGACUUCACUCUCCUGUACUCUGGAAGCCCUAGAACCCUUCUGGGGAAUCCUUGUGAGAUCAGUAGACACUCCAGAGGAGGACGGCGAGGAGGAAGACACUGUGGAGGAGACCGAGGAAGGACCCUGGGAAGCCUCUGCGCUACCAGUCUUGACAUGGCCAGUGCUGCAGCAUCGCACUGGUCUGGUCUAUGACCAAAGAAUGAUGAGUCACUGCAACCUAUGGGACAACCAUCACCCCGAGACACCUCAGCGUAUCUUGCGGAUCAUGUGCCACCUGGAGGAGCUGGGCCUUGCCGCUCACUGCCUCAUCCUGCCUGUGCGGGCUGCCACAGAUGCCGAGCUGCUCACCUGCCACAGUGCUGAGUAUGUGGAGCGUAUCCGGGCCACAGAGAAGAUGAAGACCCGGGAGUUGCACCGCGAAGGUGCCAACUUUGACUCCAUCUACCUCUGUCCCAGCACCUUCACCUGUGCGCAGCUGGCUGCAGGCGCUGCCUGCCGCCUGGUGGAAGCUGUGCUCUCAGGAGAGGUUUUGAACGGUAUUGCAGUGGUGCGCCCCCCAGGACACCAUGCUGAGCAUGCUGCUGCUUGCGGUUUCUGCUUUUUCAACUCUGUGGCUGUGGCUGCUCGCCAUGCUCAGACCAUCAGUGGGCGUGCCCUGAGGAUCCUGAUUGUGGAUUGGGACGUCCAUCACGGCAAUGGAACUCAGCACAUAUUUGAGGAUGACCCCAGUGUGCUAUAUGUAUCCCUGCACCGAUAUGACCGUGGCACCUUCUUCCCCAUGGGGGAUGAGGGUGCCAGCAGCCAGAUAGGCCGGGCAGAGGGCACCGGCUUCACUGUCAAUGUACCCUGGAAUGGACCCCGCGUGGGUGAUGCUGACUACCUGGCUGCCUGGCAUCGUCUUGUGCUUCCUAUUGCCUAUGAGUUUAACCCAGAACUGGUACUGGUCUCAGCUGGCUUUGACGCUGCACGAGGGGACCCGCUAGGAGGUUGCCAGGUGUCACCUGAGGGUUAUGCCCACCUCACCCACCUGCUGAUGGGCCUUGCCAAUGGUCACAUUAUCCUUAUCCUAGAGGGUGGCUACAACCUGACAUCUAUCUCAGAGUCCAUGGCUGCCUGCACCCACUCCCUCCUUGGAGACCCGCCACCACUACUGCCCUUGCUGCGGCCUCCGCAACCAGGGGCCUUGGCUUCAAUCACUGAGACCAUCCAAGUUCAUCGCAGAUACUGGCGCAGUUUGCGGGUCAUGAAGGUAGAAGACAAGGAGACAUCUUCCGCUUCUAAGCCCGUCACCAAGAAGGCAUCCCAUCCAACCAAUCCUAAAUUGGCUAAAGGGGUGACCAUGCCAGAAGGGAAGAUUCUGAGAGCAGGCAUGAAGAAGGCUACCUCAACAUUACCUGCAAAAGAGUCUACUCCAGGACAGACUAAAUCAAAGACAGCUAAUGUAGCCACACUCACUCAGGACCAGUGCUUAGAGAGAGCCACUGGGGGAGCUAAACUAGACCAGACCACCUCAGAGGAGACUGUGGAAAGAGCCACAGUGGACCAAACCACCUCAGAAGAGUCUGUGGGAGGAGCCACAGUGGGUCAGGCCACCACAGAGGAGUCUGUGGGAGAAGCCACAGUGGACCAGGCCACCACAGAGGAGUCUGUGGAAGAAGCUGCAGUGGAGCAGGCCACCACAGAGGAGACUGUGGAAGGAGCUACAGGGGACGAGGCCACUUCAGUGGAGUCUGUGAGAGGAGCCAGAGUGGACCAGGUCAACUCAGAAGCAGCCACAGGGGAAGUCAUGCUGGACCAGACCACUUCAGAGGAGACUGCAGGAGAAAGUGAGGUGAUUCAAACUCCUCUAGCCUCAAACACAGACAAGCAGACUCCAGCAGCCUCACCUGUGCGGGGAGCCACAGCCCAGUCAUCCCCCUGUCAGCUGAUUGGGAGUCACAGGAUUUUGGAACUAGGCAAUGAAACUCAGGAGACCCUAGAGUCUCAGACCCUAGGAGAAGAGGGCUUACUAGGAGAGGCAGCUGGAGGUCAGGACACUGACUGCUCAGUGCUGAUGCAAGACUUUGGGGAACUUGGUGACAGUGAUGAGGACAUAUUUUAUGCUGUGACACCACUGUCCUGGUGUCCCCAUUUGGGGGCAGUAUGCCCCAUACCUGAAGAAGGCCUGGACACAGCUCAGCCUUGUGAACGCUGCGGAACAUUUGAGGAGAACUGGUUGUGUUUAUCUUGCUAUAAGAUCUACUGUAGUCGCUACGUCAGUGCUCAUAUGGUGUGCCACUUUGAAGCCUCUAGACACCCACUGGUCCUCAGCUGUGUGGACCUGUCUGCCUGGUGUUACAUCUGUCAGGCCUAUGUCCACCACCAGGACAUCCUGCAUGUGAAGAAUGUUGUCCACCAGAUCAAGUUUGGGGAGGACAUUCCUCAACCACACUAAAUCUCAGAACAUGCUCCCUCUUCUCUACCUUCGGAAGCCCAAGAGAGACCAUCCUUAGUUCUUAGUUCCUUGAAACCUGUACCUUGGAUGAGGGUGGUUUCUCACUCUGGCCCACCCUGAAUAUCCUUUGCAAGUCACCCACGGGUGCUUAUUUAAGUGUAAAUACAUUUAAGUGGACUAGAAUGAUCAGUUGUGCAUCUGCCCCUGCCCACUGCCUGCUUAAGGUACAACAAUACUCCACCCAGAAAGAAAGUGAGGCGAUUCAGUGGCCCCAUGAGGGGGGCUGAAUUACAAGGAUAACAUUGGAGAGGGGAGACAACUAGUAGUUAUG